AAAAGUACUCUACAGUUAUAAUGCUAGAUGGAAAACUUGAAAAAAUAGAAUGGUGUAAGCAUGAUUCCAGAUCUUUCAACAACAAUAAUCUAUACAGACACAUUACUUCAAGGUUAAGAGUAUUGGCAAAUCAACAUAUUGGAAUUAAUGGCAAUACACUACACAUUUCUGACAUUCAAGAAUUUGAAAGAUCAAUCCAUCAUCAUAAAGACAAACAAUAUAAUAUGCAUAGCAUAUCUAAAUCAUCAAGACAAAGUAUUAUUAAACAACCUAAGCAGACUAGCAGAAGAAAUUUGAAAACUUUGUCUCUUUCGAAAUCUCAAAUUAACUUAGGAAAAUAUAAAAAGUUGAACAAACCUACUUUAAAUAAUGCUGCACAAGAUUUUCUCCAAAGUGAUCAAGGACUAAGUAACUAUAACAGUAGUAGUAUCUUAUUAGACAACAGCUUCAUGGUUUCCAGUACUGCUGGACCUUCUAAUAGAUCUACUGAUUCUGUUGCAAGACAAAUGCCUCUUUAUACCCAGGAGGAUAAGGAAAUCCUUGCUAAGAAGGACCUUUUACCAGAAGCUAUUAUAUUGGUGAAGAAAACAACCCAAAGAUCUUCAAACAUUACCAUUGGCUCAGCUUUUAAAAAAUGGAAUAUUUGGUGUAAGGAAACAUUUGUGAAUCCUAUUCAAUGUUUUAUAAAAAACAUUGCUAAUUUCUUGGUAAAAAUAUGUGAUAAGA